AUGGCCUCCUCACGGAAACCACCCCCGGCGAACCUUUCUAGCCCUCUCAACCGCCGUUCCAUGCCUCCUCCCGUAGCGUCCUCCUCCGCCGGCUCAGCCCGAGGCUCCUCACGCUCCCCGACUCCCACCGGCGCAGCUGCUCCUGCUGCCACUGCGGCCCGUCGCAAUACUCUCCGUGAUGGCGCUCCCUUGGCGCACCGGAAUAGCAUUUCUUCGCCCCUGAGCGCCCGGUCGGCCGCAAAGAGGUCCACCGAGGUGCAAAGCGAGGCCGAUUUGGAGAAUGCCGCAAUGUUGGAGGAUCUGAGGAGUAGGCUUGCCCAGAGCGAGAGUGCGGCGGAGGCCGCCGCCGAGGAGUAUGCGAAGCAGGUAAAGGCGCUGCAGAGCAGGUUGGAGGAUGCGCUUGCCGAGCAGAUCAAGAUGGAAGAGGCGGCGCAUCAGAAGGAUGAGAUGAUUGAGAGUAUAGAGCUCCAGGUUAAGGAGUUGACGAGGGCAAAGAGAGAUCAGGAGAAUAUCUACGAGGCGGAGAGAACCGCCGCGCAACAAGAGAAAGAGGAAAUGAUGGACAGAGAAGAGGAGCUGAAUACCAUAAUUCAGCGCCUCAAGGAUCAACUUGCUCAGCGCGAAAAGUCGCCUGAGCCAGAGGUUGUGGAGAACCGCAAAACUUCCGCCGAGUCUUCUAUUGAUGAAUCUCAAGGAUUUGCGCCUUCAAAUAACAUGGCUGCACCUAACCGUAGCAACAACCUUGUUCUCCAGAAGGAUAAACUCAUUGAGUCUCUUCGUCUCGAGCUCGCUGAAGCUCAGAUCAGGUUGGCUGAGGCAGACCACCAAGGUGGCACCAAGCUUCAACAGCUUGAGCAGCAGCUUUUGGAAACUCGCAUGUCCAACGCCCGUUUGAUGGAGGACAACGAGAGCUUCCAGCUUCUCCUUUCUUCUGCUGCUCUCAAUGGUGACUUCCCCAGGGGUGAUUACAUUACCAAUGCCUUCUCUGAGGUUGAGCCUGAGCCAGAGUCGCCCCACGUUAUCAAGAAGGUCCAGGGUUCUCCAAGGAAUUCAAUUUCUCUUGCUUCGAACCUUGCCGAGGAGCUCGAAGAGGCUGCUCAGACUCUCGAGACUGAGAAGUGCCGCAAGCUAGAGAGCGAGGUCAAGUCGUUGAAGGACCAGAACAAGGCGCAGUCGUUGUACAUCAACAACAUCAUUGAGCGCAUUCUGCAACACAAGGAUUCCGAGGCUAUUCUGGACAAGACUGCUCCUCUUGGAGACUCUGCUGUGAAUACUGAGAAGGCGCUUCCCGCACCUCCUAAGGAAUCUGGUAUGCUCUCAAGGACUUCGUCUCUUUCAAGUCGCAAAACUUCCCCAUCCAUGAAGUCCCCUGCCCCCUCUAUCAAUGGCGACAGGCCAUCCCUCUCAAGAUCUCAAUCAAUGCGCUCUACACCUCGCUACACACACAAGCGCUCUCACUCUGAUGCUGUUUACUCCGGUGCCAGCGUUGUUAACAAUCUUUACCGUGGAGAGGGAAUGAUUACUCCCCGCUCGCAGACUUUCUACGGUCCCGAUCAAUUCAACAACGGUAACCGUACCCAGCGUCCUCGCGACUCUGAUCUCAGCCUUGACUCUACUACUUCCGAGAGUGGAGACAGUGUUUCGGGAACCUCCAUUCCUUUGCCAUGGGAGCGCCGCAGCCUGCCAUCUCCCCCGCACCGCGGUACUACCAUGGGACCAAUUGCUGGGGGCAAGCUUCGCCCAUUGAGAUUGGUGCAGGAGAAUGUUAGCAACGGGCUCGUUUCGCCUACAUCAGGCAGUGGUCGCAAGAUCAGUGGAGACUACAAGGAGGGUGUUGAGGAUGAGAAGAGCAGGAGACAGAGCAAGAGAACCAGCUGGAUUCCUUGGUUGAACCGAAACAAAGAUGACGACUUGCACACGAUCUCCAACCCCGAAAACGUUCUUUUCGAGAGAAGAGACGUUGAAUAA